AGCUGUCGAGCUAAUGAUCUAAUUGCUUAGGUCACCGUCGAUAUACCAUUGAGCUUGCCACAGAGCUCACAACUCCGCACGAUGGCCGGCCGGAGUGUUUCACCGGGGGCGGCGCUUUUGAGAACGUCUAGGAUGUUCUCAAUGCCACCUCCAAUACCAUCUCCUACCGGCGAUUAUUCUUCAGCAACCAAACAUUACUCGCCAAGUGCCACCAUUCCUUUCCCGACACAUCUCGCCGUUACAACGACAUCCUCUUCUCGUUUGGCCGGCGAUUGGGGUUUCAAGCGACCGUUUCCCUUGAAGACUACGACGGAUACCACCUACCCCCUCGUACGAGUGAAGAAGGUCGAUUCUAUCGAACAGGUCACAGAUUUUGAUUCCGCUUCGGAUCAUGUCAUUACUCUACGGAAGUACCAGGAAAUGGCCCUGCCGGUUUCAGUACCGGCGGUAAGCGCUAGCAGAUAUCAUAAGUCGGUAUUCGAGGAAGAUUCCGAUGUGACUGCAUUAGAUGAUGAGAAGAAGAAGGAGAUGGUGAAUAAGAGAUGGAAAUUCACGGGGCCAUGGCUCGCCGGGAUGACGGACGGCGAUUUUAGCAGGUUCCUAGAGAAGACGGUGCGGGGGAGGCGCAUAGAAUUUCGCGCUUUUCUGAGGGAAACCCUUGCCGCCGAAAUGACGACAGAUCAAGCGAAGGCAGCUAGGGAAGCGGGGGAGCCAGAACCACCCAAAGUAACGGCCUCUGAAAUUUCGGAGCAGCAGUUGAACGACUUUAUGAGAGUGCUGAGGGUGGAACGUAUGACCUUAUACAAUCUCGUUAGCCAGUUCUUGGACCUUGCUCCGGUCGACGUAGACGUAUCCCUCCGUCUCCUUGGCAAAUUUAUGCCGGGAUCGGCGAAGGAAUUCGAGAACGGCAGCCCGUACGGAAUCAGCGGCCCUCCUAUCACACACCCCUCUGCCGGUAUCUCCUAUCUGCGCACGCGAAGUUUCUUAGAGAACCACACGCUCUACGGACCUCAGAAGCAUCACGCUCCUAUCCAGGCACGGAUCUUGAAACCCACGAACUUAGCGACGCAAAAUUUCAGACCUAGCAUUGGUGUAGCCGGAUUCGUCGCUAACACGACGAAUGCUGACACGGCGUUUAACGCGGUGAGGGGCAGGGGCACGACCAAGUUCCAGAAACAGCUAUUCGGCUUCGAGCUCGAGAAGCGCGGCGGGUCGAAGGUCUACGUGGACCUUUCCUCGGCCACCAUCGAUUCCUUCGGUAAGAUCAUCAUUAACGUCGACGAAUCCUCUUCGGAGUCCGAGGUGGUGCAGAAGGAACUAGCGGGAGAGUUGGCGGAAGGGGAGAGCGUGUUGGAACAUCUUGUCAGGGCUAGGGAGCGGGCGCAGGAGAGGUCCCAGAUCCCUCUUAACCCCAGGAGUGGCUUGAGUGGCAUGAACUCGUAUAAUCGGCUCCAGGGCAGCGCGAGUAAUUACGGGUUAAGAUCAUAGUAGGUUAGGUGUGAGAAACUAAAUAACUACCUAACUAAAGUCGCUGGAUGCUUCCUGUACAUGUCGAGGGGCAUCAUGUAAUAUAUGGUGUAUACUCUAUGCCUUAUAGGAUCUCUGUAUAUAUUGAUUAAGAGACUUCUAUUGUUAAGUGA